CGAGCACUCCGGUGAGCUUUGAUAACCAUCUCCUUGGUUUCAACGCCACACAUGGUAGCCUGCAACUAUCUGCUCCGUCUUCUCUCAUCCAUUCCCACGAGAAGGUUAUCCCUGCAAGCCUUUCCUCCUGCUCUUCCUCCCACAUAUCCAUAUAUCCAAACCAAAAACAUCCCACCGCCUAUUAGCUAUGAAUGCUAGUCUACGAAUAGCUUCGAGAUUUGCUACUGUACGGCCAUGCCUUUCAGUCACCCCUGGAGUCCUCCUUAGAAUCACCCCCGCCACCGCUACAACUGUUACAAAUGUAUUUCCGGCUGUCCGUGUCGGAGGUGUUCGGACUGCGAGAUUGUCCACUUCUGUGCCUGUCCGUGCUGCAAUUGUUAUGAAUCCGCGCACCGAUCAAUCCGGGUCUUUGAUGAAAAUCGACAUAUCCCAGCGUGCAGCGAAGCGACUCAAGGAGAUACAGCUUAAGGAUUCCAACCCCAACCUCGCCUUACGGAUAACCGUGGAAUCUGGAGGAUGUCAUGGCUUCAAGUACACCAUCUCGUUGUCGGAUACAUUUGACGAGGAGGAGGAUACUGUAUUUGAGGAGGACGGUGCAAAAGUUGUUAUGGACGAACCUUCCUUAGGUCUUCUGAAAGAUAGCACUAUCGACUACACCACCGAGCUUAUCGGUAGCCAAUUCAGAAUUGCCAAUAACCCUCACGCGACUAGUUCUUGUGGUUGCGGAACUAGUUUUGACAUCAAAUCCUUAUAAAACUCGAUCAAUUGGGAUUGGGGAUGACACUCACAGCAGUACAGUACCAGUAAUAAUGGUAUAAUAAUACACGGAUGGGACUUUACUUGCGGCUUUAAACAAUUUUUUUUCUCAUUACUAUUUACCCCUAUCUCGUUUCUCACUUUUCCCUUCUCCCUGUUCCAAAAUUACUGUUCCACAUACCGAGGCUCUGGUGUUGGGACUUUUAUUCUGUUCCUCACUUGCCAAUAGACUUAUGCUGCAGUAUCAUACUUAAUCCCUUGGCGACCUAUUGCGGCUCAAAAAGUUUCUUAUCUACGGGAAAAAAGAAAAAAGAAAAAAA